UUUUUUUCACUCGGCUUUGGGUCGCGGCCAAGUCUCGAUCGCUGCUCCGCCGCCGCUCUUCUCACUGCGCAGCUCACGGCCCUGCCUCCUCGGUAGAUUUGGGUAGAUCGGCAUGUCACUGGCCAAACGUGCGCUGCGCGCGAGCCUGGACGCCGGCUCCGACGGCUCCGUCACGCUCGCCAGCCUCUCCGGCGCCUCGGCGCUGCGCACGCUCGACCUGAUGUUUGAGGCGGCGCCGAGCGGAGGCUUCCAGUACCGGCUGUCUGGGCAGUCCGCGUCGGCCGCAGAGGGCGGUCCCUCGGCCCCGCCGGAGCGCGCCAUUCCGCUCGACACACUCGACCUCAUGUUCGAGGCGGACGGCGGCGCCUUCACGUACCGGCCGCCUCCGGCGCGAGCCAACGCAGAGAGAGGGUCCGAGCCUCGCACGCUCGACCGUCUGCUGACGCCGGCGCGCUGCUCGGCGUCAUCGGCCUCCUCCUCCGGCUCUGGCUGCACCGGCUCUGGCCGCACCUCCCGCGCCUCUGGAUCCUCCGACACUCCGCCUCGGCUGUCUGGCGGCGCUGGCGUUCGCGGCUCGGGCGCGCGUGCGGCCCGGCAGCGUGGGACGGGGCUUCCCCAGGUCGACGAGAACUCGGUGCAGGUGAGCCCUCCAGGCACGCCCAGCGCCGCCGCCGGCGCAGCAGGCCGCACGCUCGACUCGCUCUUUGGCUCGAUGAGUGCCGGAGACAGGGACAGCGGGUCUGUGGGUGGGUCCGGACCGCUGUCGCGCCUCUCGCUACCGCGCUCAGGCAGCGGCGCCAGCGGCGGCCCGUCUCACGCAGCCCAACUGACGCAGGACGAGCGGCUCGGUGGCAGCCGCGGCUCGGCGCACGCGGCGCUCCUCCACGCCCGACGAGCGGGCGCCUGGCCGUCUCAGUGAACAACGAAUGGAUGGUGAGUGGUGAGUGAACAGGCGCACCUCACGCUCGACGAGCGAAUGGGCAGCCGCGGCUCCUCCUCGUCCUGCCGCAACUCCUCCCCCUCCACCGCCGGCAGCCGCCAUCUCGGCCCACCUCGGGCAAUCUCGGGCCACCUCGGAGGCGGCGGGGGAGGCGGAGGCGGCGGCGGCGGCGGCGGCGGAGGCGGCGGAGGAAGCGGGGGCCGCGCGCCAGCGAGCAGCCGCGGCGUGCGCAUCGACGUGCCCGACGGCGGUGGCGGCCCAACCAGCGGGCCACGGCGCGUCGCGUCGCUGCCGAAUGCGAUGCCUGACGGCCAAUCUCGGGUGAUGCCUGAGGGCCAGAGGCCGCCCGCGCUGGCCAAGAGUGCGACCACGGGCCACGCGGGGUUGGAGGCGCUCGGCUCGCGGCUGGACGAGCUGCGCGCCGCGGUGUGGACACAGGCCGGUUCGCCGCCACACGAGGCGACGGCGGGCGUGCGCGAGGUCGCGGCGAGGCGCUCGCUCUACCUGCAGACCCUCUCGAGCCUCCGCCGUGUCGCGGGGCUUGGUGCGGGCCAGUUCGGGUGCGUCUCCCUUGUGACGGACGUGCACGGGCAGCCGCACGCGCUCAAGGCGCUCUGGAAGGGGCAGCUGAUCGCGUCCGGCAGCGUCGGUGCCGUGGUGCGCGAGCGUGAGCUGCUCGCGUCGGUGAGCCACCCCGCAGUGGUGCGGCUCGAGGCCUCCUUCCAGGACGCGCGGCGCGUGUUCCUGCUGCUAGAGCCGGUCCUCGGCGGCGAGCUGUACGCAGUGCUGCACAUGCUGGGUCGCCUCGAGGAGGGGCAGGCCCGCUUCUACGCCGCGUGCGUCGCCGACGUGCUCGGCCACCUGCACGACGUGAGCGGCAUCGUGUACCGCGACCUCAAGCCGGAGAAUUUGCUCGUCGAUGGCGUCGGCUACCUCAAGCUCGUCGACUUUGGGCUCGCCAAGCGGCUGCGGCCCCUCGCGGACGACGGCGAGGUGCACGCCGCAGAGCGGACCUCGACUAUCUGCGGCACGCCCGAGUACCUCGCCCCCGAGAUGGUGCGGGGGGAGGCGUACAGCUUCUCCGUCGACUGGUGGGCGCUCGGCAUGCUGCUCUUCGAGAUGCUCGCCGGCGUGCCCGCCUUCCGCAGCGCCGACCCGGCAGAGGUGUACCGCAAGAUCCUCGUCGAGGCUCCGCGUUUGCUCUUCAAGAGCAGCGCCGAGUGCGACGCUCUGCUGGCCGGUCUGCUCGCCAAGGCUCCCGAGCAGCGGCUCUGCGCGGCGGACGAGGUCUGCGACGCGCCUUUCUUCGCAGCGAUCGCGUGGUCGAGCUUGCGCAGCCGCAGCACGCCCGCCCCGUUCCGGCCGAAGAUCGCGCACCCGACGGACACGUCCAACGUCGUCACCAUCGAAAAGUACGCGAGCCCGGCGAGCGAGGAGGGCGACGGCGCCGAGUGGGAUCGCUACCUCACGAGCGCCACUUUGCGCAGCUCCACGCACCCCUUCGCCUCCUUCGCCUCGGGCGUGUGGUAAAGAGAUGGUGUUUGUGAGCCUCGUGUGGCGUCUCGUGUGGAGGCAGCCAACUUUGAGUGUCCAUUGCCAGCGCGGCGGCCCCUUAGAUUAGCUUGUAGGUUGGUGUUGCGAUCGAGGGACGAGAGGCGAAAUCA